UUUUCUCUCCAACUCUCCACAAUUCAUUUCUUCAUCGCUUUCUCUCUCUACAUUUUCUUCUUUAUUUCUAGUGAGAGAAAGCUUCACUCUCUGCUCUCUCUUCUCAUCUUCCUCUUCAUUCUUUCACUUCGAAUCUAAACCUUCUUCUGUUUUUUCCGUUACUGUUCAGCCUUCAUAAUGGUUAAGAAGAAGCGGACUGAUGGUCCUAGUGAAAGCUCUGAUGCUCCACCCCAUCGUCCGGCUGAGAGGAGUGCCCCUCCUCAACAACAACAGGCUGCUAUAGCUGGAGGAGUAGGACCUCAAGGAGGGCGAGGUUGGGGUCCCCAAGGUGGACGAGGGGGUUAUGGUGGUCGUGGUGGUCGUGGAGGGCCCCAACAACAGCAAUACGGUGCACCUCCCGAGUAUCAAGGAAGAGGAAGAGGAGGACCUCCCCAGUCCCAACAGCAGUAUGGCGGACCCCCUGAGUAUCAAGGAAGGGGAAGGGGAGGGCCUCCCCAGCCCCAACAGCAGUAUGGUGGCCCAGCAGAGUAUCAAGGCAGGGGUAGGGGGCCUUCUCAGCAAGGAGGCCGUGGAUAUGGUGGUGGCCGUGGUGGCCACGGUGGUGUGGGCGGUGGCCAUGACGUCGUUCCUUCAUAUGGUGGCCCACCUAGGCCACCAGCACCCGAGCUGCACCAAGCUACACCCGUUCCUUGUCAAGUUGGGGAGUCUCCUCCACCUGCUCCAUCUGAGGCUAGUUCAUCUUCCCAGCCGCCAGAAGUGUCCGAGGUGGAACAACUGGGGCAGAUGAGUAUUCAUUCUGAAGAUACUCCAGCUCCUCCACCUCCUGCAAGUAAAUCAUCGAUGAGGUUUCCCCUUCGCCCUGGAAAAGGGAGCUGUGGCAGGAAAUGUGUUGUCAAGGCAAACCAUUUCUUUGCUGAGUUGCCUAAUAAAGAUCUGCAUCAAUAUGAUGUAACAAUCACUCCAGAAGUGACUUCUAGAGGCGUGAACCGUGCUGUUAUGGAGCAACUUGUCAGGCUGUACCGGGAAUCUCACCUUGGAAAGAGACUCCCAGCUUAUGAUGGCCGAAAGAGCCUCUAUACUGCAGGGCCGCUUCCCUUUAUUUCAAAGGACUUUAGAAUCACACUUGUGGAUGACGAUGAUGGAACAGGAGGGCAGAGGAGGGAUAGAGAAUUCAAAGUUGUGAUUAAGUUGGCUGCACGGGCUGACCUUCACCACCUGGGUCUCUUUUUGGAGGGGAGGCAAACUGAUGCACCUCAGGAAGCUCUGCAGGUUCUUGACAUUGUUCUUCGUGAGCUGCCUACUACAAGGUACUGUCCAGUUGGAAGAUCAUUUUAUUCACCUGAUUUGGGUAGAAGGCAGCCUUUGGGUGAGGGUUUGGAAAGUUGGCGCGGUUUCUACCAAAGCAUUCGUCCUACUCAAAUGGGACUGUCGUUGAACAUUGAUAUGUCCUCAACUGCAUUUAUUGAGCCAUUGCCUGUCAUAGAUUUUGUCACUCAGUUGCUGAACAGAGACGUCUCUACCCGCCCUCUGUCUGAUGCUGACAGAGUAAAGAUAAAAAAAGCACUCCGAGGUAUCAAAGUUGAAGUUACACAUCGUGGCAACAUGCGGAGAAAAUAUCGUAUCUCUGGUCUGACUUCACAGGCUACUAGAGAGUUGACAUUCCCUGUGGACGAGAGGGGAACUAUGAAGUCUGUUGUUGAGUACUUCUAUGAGACAUAUGGCUUUGUUAUUCAACAUACUCAGUGGCCUUGUUUGCAAGUGGGCAACACACAGAGGCCAAACUACCUACCAAUGGAGGUAUGCAAAAUUGUGGAAGGGCAGAGAUAUUCUAAAAGGUUAAAUGAGAGGCAAAUCACUGCCUUGCUCAAAGUCACCUGUCAACGCCCGCUUGAUAGGGAACGGGACAUCAUGCAGACCGUACAUCACAAUGCCUAUCACGAAGAUCCUUAUGCUAAAGAGUUUGGAAUCAAAAUUAGUGAGAAGCUUGCUCAAGUUGAAGCUCGCAUCCUUCCUGCGCCUUGGCUCAAAUAUCAUGAUACAGGUAGAGAAAAGGAUUGUCUACCCCAAGUUGGUCAGUGGAAUAUGAUGAACAAGAAAAUGGUCAACGGGGGAACAGUCAACAACUGGUUCUGCGUUAACUUUUCGAGGAAUGUGCAAGACAGUGUUGCACGUGGCUUCUGCUGUGAACUUGCCCAAAUGUGUUAUAUAUCUGGCAUGGCAUUUAAUCCAGAGCCAGUAGUUCCCCCACUUAGUGCACGUCCUGACCAAGUGGACAAGGUUCUGAAAACACGAUAUCAGGAUGCGAAGAACAAGCUGCAGGGAAGGGAGUUGGACCUGCUCAUUGUUAUUUUGCCUGAUAAUAAUGGCUCUCUCUAUGGUGAUCUCAAACGUAUAUGUGAGACUGAACUGGGGCUUGUUUCCCAAUGUUGUUUAACUAAACAUGUAUUUAAGAUGAGUAAACAAUAUCUGGCGAAUGUUGCGUUGAAAAUUAAUGUAAAGGUCGGUGGAAGGAACACUGUUCUUGUUGAUGCACUUUCGCGACGCAUUCCAUUAGUCAGUGAUAGGCCUACCAUUAUUUUCGGAGCUGAUGUGACUCAUCCACACCCUGGAGAGGAUAUGAGUCCAUCAAUAGCAGCUGUUGUUGCUUCUCAAGAUUGGCCUGAAAUUACCAAGUAUGCUGGUUUGGUUUGUGCCCAAGCACAUAGGCAGGAGCUCAUACAAGAUCUUUUCAAACAAUGGCAAGAUCCAGUCAGAGGAACAUUGACUGGUGGAAUGAUCAAGGAGCUUCUUAUAUCUUUCCGGAGGGCUACUGGACAAAAGCCCCAGCGCAUUAUAUUUUACAGAGAUGGAGUCAGCGAAGGACAGUUUUAUCAAGUUUUGUUGUUUGAGCUUGAUGCAAUUCGUAAGGCUUGUGCUUCCCUUGAACCCAACUAUCAGCCUCCCGUGACUUUUGUGGUGGUUCAAAAACGUCACCAUACUAGGCUCUUUGCCAGUGACCACCGUGACAAGAGUUCUGUUGAUCGAAGUGGCAAUAUAUUGCCUGGAACCGUUGUGGAUUCUAAGAUCUGUCAUCCGACCGAAUUUGAUUUCUAUCUUUGCAGUCACGCCGGAAUACAGGGGACGAGUCGUCCAGCCCACUAUCAUGUGCUGUGGGAUGAAAAUAAUUUUACUGCAGAUGCAUUACAAAGUCUCACAAAUAAUUUAUGCUACACAUAUGCCAGAUGCACUCGGUCUGUUUCAAUUGUGCCCCCUGCUUAUUAUGCUCAUUUGGCUGCAUUCCGUGCAAGGUUCUAUAUGGAACCGGAAACUUCCGAUAGCGGGUCUAUGACAAGUGGUGCAGUUUCUGGUCGUGGUAUGGGUGGCGGUGUGGGGCGUAGUACUCGGGCACCUGGUGCUAAUGCUGCCGUGAGACCCUUACCCGCAUUGAAGGAGAAUGUGAAGAGGGUCAUGUUUUAUUGCUGAGGACAUAUUUGAAGUACAAUGUCAUUUUGCUGGUGUUUGUUGUGUUGGAAGUAUAAUCUUAUAUUUAAGCGUGUUUGAACAAUUUUCUCGUUUUGCUCAAUUAUCUGUCAUCAAUUCUCGUACUUGAUGAUACAUACUAUGAUGUUUAAUGUUUGGAUUGUGAUUUGAAACUAUAUGGAUGUAUGUUACAUUGCUUUAUGGAACAUGGUGUUUGAAUUUAUGUUUGAUUGAAUUGAGGGAAUUGUUACUAUCGGUGCCAAUGUAUGGCACUUCCUUCA